AUGUAUUAUAAUCGGUACAACAACAUGAGUGAAAAUGAAAAAGAUCGUAUGUGUAAUGGAGAGAAUGUGCGACAAACAUUAAAUCAACUAGCCUCUGCAGAACAACGAAAUAAUGCAGCAUCACUGAAACGUCACCUCACAAACAGUAGUGGAAUUAUAACAACACAUGAUGACGGUGAGAUAGAAGGUGACAUGGAUGGAUUUCAAAUAAACACUUAUAAUAGAAAUAAUAAGAGAAUGAAUAGAAAUAACAAUGACAGCAAUAAUGAUAAAGAUGAACGAUAUUCAGCAACGAAAACAUAUACGAAUUCAAAUGUAAAGGAUAAUAAAAAUAAACAACAACAACGUAAUGAAAAUAACCUGAACAACGCUUCUGAUCAACAAUAUCAGAUUCAAAAUACAACGACAAAUAAAAAUGAAAUUCGAAUCUCAAAACAUGCUAUUGACUAUGCUACCGAAUAUCAUUAUACACCAUUUAAAAUCCAAUGUGAACCUAA